AAUAUCAUCGCUGCCCAGGAUGACAAUAACAACCUUGGGUCGUUUCCAAUUUCCAAAUAAUAUAUUGUAGCAAUAAUAAUAAUAAUAAUAAUACUAGAAAAAGAAAAGCAGAGGACAGCCGAGUUACAUUUUUUUUUUUCAUUUAGAUUCAACUUGACAAAAGGUUAUUACGGCAAAAUGUCCGUUUGCAGUUGACAUCGUCGUUGGUUUUUUCUCAGUCGCGUCGCACGUCACAUUUCCAUUGCACUAUUGUUGUAGUUGUCGUAAAAGCCUUUCAGAGGAAUCGCACGACAAUGUCUACGCCAGCCAGGAGAAGGUUGAUGAGAGAUUUCAAACGAUUGCAGGAAGAUCCGCCGACCGGAGUGAGCGGAGCGCCGACAGACAACAAUAUUAUGAUUUGGAACGCCGUAAUAUUUGGUCCUCACGAUACACCGUUCGAGGACGGUACGUUCAAAUUGACGAUCGAGUUCACCGAAGAAUACCCAAAUAAGGCGCCGACCGUCAGGUUCGUGUCGAAAAUGUUUCAUCCAAACGUCUAUGCCGACGGCGGUAUAUGUUUAGAUAUUCUACAAAACAGAUGGAGUCCUACUUACGACGUCUCGGCCAUACUAACUUCGAUUCAAUCUUUACUUAGUGACCCGAACCCGAAUUCACCUGCCAAUUCAAUGGCUGCCCAACUAUACAAGGAGAAUCGACGCGAAUACGAGAAAAGAGUAAAAGCUUGUGUAGAACAGAGUUUUAUAGAUUGAUUUGUCGGUUUUAAAUGUCUACAGCAUUAUUCACUUUUCAUCUUUAGUAACUUCUGUAUAAUAUGAAAAAAACUAAAUAUAUAUGCAUACUUAUAUAUUCACACAUUUCCCGAAAAAGUCGAUGUUUUCAUUUGAUGAAUAUGAAUACAUUAUAAUUAUUGAUUUGGCGAACCUUCGUUAUUUUUUGUCGCUUAAAGUAACAUAAUACAAACCUAAUUUAAUACAAAAGAAAAAUGUUUGUGAUAGUUAAUGUAAAAAAAAAAAAUCACUUGUUGUUUUAAUUUUUAAUUUUAUUUUUUAAGUUAAUAAUACCUAGUCUUGUAUAAAUAAA